AUGCAAAACUUCAUCCUCGCAAGGUUUACGGAACAUUUGAAGGCUGCUUUCAAACCAUCGCACGAUGAGACCUUGACCACUGAGCCAGUGAAUUCAAACGACCAAUCCAUUGAGAGAGACAAGCAACAUGUGCUAGCCACAAAGACAGAUUCAGUAAUAAAUAUCUCGCCUGUCGUCAUCCGGUGUCUUCGAAAUUUAAACCAGCUUGUGACCAAAGACUUGUCGUCCUUCGAAUCAGAAGUACCGCAAGCGCUAUGGAAAGAUGAACUGGGCCGCCUGCGAGUUUGGGCUGCAAAUAUUGGGGCGCCUCAAACUGGUAAAUCGUCGCUAGACUAUCGAUUACGAGAUGCAUCUCAUAUCAAAAAGCAAAUGAUCCGCCUUCUUCAGCGACUGCAGAGACUUACAGAAGAUGUCCAUGAUGUUCUGCACAUUUCACUUGAGGAAGACAAUUUUUUGGACCUGAGUGGCGAUGAAGAUGAUGAACCCAAAACAGAGAUACAGUCUAUAUAUCAUGCCUUACGAGAUACCAUCAACAAUCUGUUUCAGAUGUCGAUGACCAUCCGAAUGCCAGCUCAACACGAUCGUCUCAUUGGUACAAAAAGGUCGGAUGCGGUUUUCUAUGAACAUUUUGAUCGGCAACAUGUUACUGCAAAACACCCAGAAGCGAAAGAAGAUGUACUCAAUCGUCUUGGACUCGCAAUUUCACAGCGUCGAGCCGUCAUGCGAUACCGUGAGCGUCAUCCCGCCAAGCUUGGUCAGGGUCUUGACAAGGCAAUCGAUGAUGGACAAUCAAACAAGCUAUCCGAUACAGUUGCAACCGAAUUCGUGGAAAUUCCUCUUGUAGCGAAGGGUGACUGA